AUGAUCCACAAAUAUGUCCUUCGAGAACGGUCCCAACGCCGCUGGCGUCUCGCGCACUUCCUCAUUUCGGUGGUCAUCUCCAUUGGAUGCAUGGUCGGCGUGUGGUGGGUCGGUAGCCGGACUUACAUCGGAUUCAUCCUGAUCUUGGUCAGUACGCUGAACCUCGUGGCUGGAGUUCUGGAUGGUCUCAUCGGUGGACUGUUUGUCUCGAGUGAAUUGCGUGCGUUGAAGGAAUUUGAGUGGGAGGUACGAAAUGCUAGGGGUCUGGUCCUUGCUGUGGAGCGUGGUGCUGCUGGUUCUAGUGCUGGCUCUAAGGACGAGGCGGAGUAA